GCGCCCGCCUCCAGGCCACGUGGGCGCCGCGGCCACGCUUUCCGCAGUGAGGGAGGGGCUUGGGCCUGGCGGCGGGUUUCCGGACUGCGGUUUGGGGCUGCAGCGGCGCCGGCCCGGGUCCUCGUCCGCUCGGUGGCUGCGUCUGCCCCCUACUGCCGCCCAGGUCGGCUCGGCUCCCGGCUCCAUGGCUUCCCGCGGGAGGAAGCGGAAGGCCGAGGCGGAGGUGGUUGCGGCGGCGGGGAAGCGGGAGAAGCCGGCGGGCGACCGGAAGAGCGUGGAGGAGGCGACCGUCGUGAUCGAGCAUUGCACGAGCUGACGCGUCUACGGGCGCAACGCCGCGGCCCUGAGCCAGGCGCUGCGCCUGGACACCCCGGAGCUUCCGGUGGAGGUGAAUCCUGCCAAGCCCCGGAGGGGCAGCUUCGAGGUGACGCUGCUUCGCCCGGAUGGCAGCAGUGUGGAGCUCUGGACUGGGAUUAAGAAGGGGCCCCCACGCAAACUCAAGUUCCCUGAGCCUCAAGAGGUGGUGAAGGAGCUGAAGAAGUACCUCUCGUAGGGUGUUUUGAGUAGAAGUGCCCACACUGAGCUUUCUGUCCCUGGCGAUGUUUGGAACAUUUAUGACGGGACAUGGCCAAACUUCAGUCAUGUGCCUGAAGCCAUGGUUUCUCCUCCUCCAGAAGUGAUGGGUCAGUUGUGAGGCAACCCUCUCGUAAGGUGUUGAAAAGUUCUUGGAUUUGCUUUGUUUAAUAAAAGUUGAAAUAAAGUAUUUGAGUAAUA